AUGCAUCACCAUGCCGUGCUCUCUGCUGCCCCUGGGGAGUGCUUGUCAGUCCCUUCAUCUCUGCUAGAAGAAAGUCAGCAAGACUUUGACCAGUUCCUAACCGAGGAAACACUCAUCCUUGAUAAGUACAAGGGAUUUCCUCCCAAGUUUGUGGUCCAGCCCCGGGACCAGGAUGGGAUCUACGGCAAAGCAGUGAUCCUCAAUUGCUCUGCAGAGGGUUAUCCUGUGCCUACAAUUGUGUGGAAAUUCUCAAAAGUCCCCUUGUCAGGCAUCAUCCCCUGUCACCUGCGGCCAUCACUCUUCUCUCUGAGGUGCUGGGGUCCCCAGUUCCAGCCAAUUGCCUUGAAUGGCAGAAUCCAGGUCCUGAGUAAUGGCUCACUCUUGAUCAAGCAUGUUGUGGAAGAAGACAGUGGCUACUACCUCUGCAAGGUCAGCAACGAUGUGGGCGCAGACGUCAGCAAGUCCAUGUACCUCACUGUGAAAAUUCCCGCUAUGAUAACCUCUUAUCCCAACACUACCCUGGCCACUCAGGGUCAAAAGAAGGAAAUGAGCUGCACAGCACACGGGGAGAAACCCAUUAUCGUCCGCUGGGAGAAGGAGGACAGGAUCAUUAACCCCGAAAUGGCCCGUUACCUGGUGUCCACCAAGGAGGUGGGAGAGGAGGUGAUUUCUACUCUGCAGAUUUUGCCAACAGUGAGGGAAGACUCUGGCUUCUUCUCCUGCCAUGCUAUCAAUUCUUACGGGGAGGACCGUGGAAUAAUUCAGCUCACAGUGCAAGAACCCCCAGACCCUCCCGAGAUUGAAAUCAAAGACGUCAAAGCUCGCACAAUCACGCUCAGGUGGACCAUGGGGUUCGACGGCAACAGCCCUAUCACAGGCUAUGACAUCGAAUGCAAAAAUAAAUCAGACUCCUGGGAUUCUGCUCAAAGAACCAAAGAUGUUUCCCCUCAGCUGAACUCGGCCACCAUCAUUGACAUCCAUCCUUCCUCCACCUACAGCAUCCGCAUGUAUGCCAAGAACCGGAUCGGCAAGAGUGAGCCCAGCAACGAGAUCACCAUCACGGCAGAUGAGGCAGCUCCUGAUGGCCCACCUCAGGAAGUUCACCUGGAGCCUACAUCAUCUCAGAGCAUCAGGGUUACCUGGAAGGCUCCCAAGAAACAUUUACAAAACGGGAUCAUACGUGGGUACCAAAUAGGCUACCGGGAGUACAGCACAGGAGGCAACUUCCAGUUCAACAUUAUCAGUAUUGACACCACGGGAGACAGCGAGGUGUACACCCUGGACAACCUGAACAAGUUCACUCAGUACGGCCUGGUGGUGCAGGCCUGCAACCGAGCAGGCACAGGCCCUUCUUCUCAGGAGAUAAUCACCACCACCCUGGAGGACGUGCCCAGUUACCCUCCCGAAAAUGUCCAAGCCAUAGCAACAUCGCCAGAGAGCAUAUCAAUCUCCUGGUCCACACUGUCUAAGGAGGCCUUGAAUGGGAUUCUCCAGGGGUUCAGGGUCAUCUACUGGGCCAACCUCAUGGAUGGAGAGCUGGGCGAGAUUAAGAACAUCACCACCACUCAGCCUUCCUUGGAGUUGGAUGGACUGGAGAAAUACACCAACUACAGUAUCCAGGUGCUGGCCUUCACCCGUGCAGGGGAUGGCGUCCGAAGCGAGCAGAUCUUCACCCGCACCAAAGAGGAUGUUCCAGGUCCUCCUGCUGGUGUCAAGGCGGCGGCAGCCUCAGCCUCCAUGGUAUUUGUGUCUUGGCUGCCCCCACUCAAGCUGAACGGCAUCAUUCGGAAGUACACGGUGUUCUGCUCCCACCCCUACCCCACAGUUAUCAGCGAGUUUGAAGCCUCCCCUGACUCAUUUUCCUACAGAAUUCCUAACCUGAGUCGGAAUCGACAGUACAGUGUCUGGGUGGUGGCAGUGACUUCAGCUGGAAGAGGCAACAGUAGUGAGAUCAUCACUGUGGAGCCACUGGCUAAAGCUCCUGCUCGGAUCCUCACCUUCAGUGGAACGGUGACUACUCCAUGGAUGAAGGACAUUGUCUUGCCUUGUAAAGCUGUUGGAGACCCCUCACCGGCAGUAAAAUGGAUGAAAGACAGUAACGGGACACCCAGCCUGGUGACGAUUGACGGCCGUAGGAGCAUCUUCAGCAACGGAAGCUUCAUCAUUCGCACGGUGAAAGCAGAGGACUCGGGCUAUUACAGCUGUGUCGCCAAUAACAACUGGGGAUCGGAUGAGAUCAUUUUAAAUUUGCAAGUACAAGUUCCACCAGAUCAGCCUCGGCUCACUGUAUCCAAAACAACCUCUUCCUCCAUCACCCUCUCCUGGCUCCCUGGAGACAAUGGGGGUAGCUCCAUCAGAGGCUACAUCCUGCAAUAUUCCGAGGACAACAGUGAACAGUGGGGUAGUUUUCCCAUCAGCCCCAGUGAGCGCUCCUACCGCUUGGAAAACCUGAAGUGUGGGACCUGGUAUAAGUUCACUCUUACUGCCCAAAAUGGAGUGGGACCGGGGCGCAUAAGCGAAAUCAUAGAAGCGAAAACUCUGGGAAAAGAACCCCAGUUUUCCAAGGAGCAGGAGCUCUUCGCCAGCAUCAACACCACCCGGGUGAGGCUGAAUCUGAUUGGCUGGAAUGACGGAGGCUGUCCCAUCACCUCCUUCACUCUGGAGUACAGACCCUUCGGGACCACAGUCUGGACCACGGCUCAGAGGACCUCCCUCUCCAAGUCCUACAUUCUGUACGACCUGCAGGAAGCUACGUGGUAUGAGCUGCAGAUGCGCGUGUGUAACAGUGCCGGCUGCGCCGAGAAGCAAGCCAACUUCGCCACGCUGAACUACGACGGCAGUACAAUCCCUCCACUCAUUAAGUCAGUUGUCCAAAGCGAAGAAGGGCUGACCACCAACGAAGGGCUCAAGAUCCUAGUGACCAUCUCCUGCAUCCUGAUCGGCGUCCUGCUUCUCUUUGUGCUUCUGCUGGUUGUGCGGAGGAGACGGCGGGAACAGAGACUGAAGAGGCUGAGAGAUGCGAAGAGUUUAGCUGAAAUGCUCAUGAGUAAGAACACACGGACUUCAGACACCUUAAGCAAGCAGCAACAGACCCUGAGAAUGCAUAUCGAUAUACCCAGGGCUCAGCUUUUGAUUGAAGAGAGAGACACAAUGGAGACCAUAGAUGACCGCUCCACGGUCCUGCUGACGGACGCUGACUUCGGAGAGGCAGCUAAACAGAAGUCACUGACAGUGACUCACACGGUGCAUUAUCAAUCGGUGUCUCAGGCCACUGGGCCUCUAGUGGAUGUUUCGGAUGCUCGACCAGGAACAAAUCCCACCACCAGGAGGAAUGCAAAGGCUGGACCCACAGCGAGAAACCGAUACGCCAGCCAGUGGACACUCAACAGACCCCACCCUACCGUCUCAGCACACACCCUCACCACAGACUGGAGACUGCCCACACCCAGGGCUACAGGAUCCGUGGACAAGGAGAGUGACAGCUACAGUGUCAGCCCGUCACAAGACACAGACCGAGCAAGGAGCAGCAUGGUCUCCACAGAAAGUGCCUCCUCUACCUACGAAGAACUGGCCAGGGCUUAUGAACACGCCAAGAUGGAGGAACAGCUGAGGCAUGCCAAGUUCACCAUCACAGAGUGCUUCAUAUCUGACACAUCCUCCGAGCAGCUGACGGCGGGGACCAAUGAGUACACAGACAGUCUGACCUCCAGUACCCCUUCAGAAUCGGGGAUCUGCAGAUUCACUGCGUCUCCCCCCAAACCUCAGGACGGAGGACGAGUGAUGAACAUGGCGGUUCCCAAGGCCCAUCGGCCAGUUCUAGAGACCAGAAGUUCAAAGUCAAGACACCAGCUGACAAAUGUUCCUCUGAGGGCUCUAGGUGACCUCAUACACCUGCCUCCAUACCUUCGAAUGGACUUCUUGUUAAACAGAGGGGCACCAGGCACCAGCAGGGACCUGAGUUUAGGACAAGCGUGCUUGGAACCCCAGAAAAGUCGGACCCUGAAGCGCCCCACGGUCCUUGAGCCCACCCCUAUGGAGGCUUCCUCCUCCGCCUCUUCCACAAGAGAAGGACAGCAGUCGUGGCAACAAGGCGCCGUGGCCACCUUACCUCAGCGAGAGGGUGCAGAGCUGGGACAGGCAGCUAAAAUGAGCAGCUCCCAGGAGUCACUGCUGGACUCUCGAGGCCAUUUAAAAGGAAACAAUCCCUACGCAAAAUCUUACACCCUGGUAUAACACAUGGCGUGGCUGGACAGCGGUUGUAAAUACAAUUUAAAUGAUCCAAUCAAAGCUACCUUUUUUUUACGGAAUUCCAAUAUUUAUAAUUAAAGAAAAUUGCCAAAAUAUAUUAAAAAAAAAAAAAGAAAGAAAGAAAGAAAAUACUGAAACCACAGACAGUGCAAAGACUUCUCUGCUUUUCUUCCGUCUGAGUGUGGGCUCCAUCUGCCUGGGCAUCUGAUUUUUGGGGAAAGAAGUCCAAUUUUAUGAUUUUCACAGGCUAUAGCGUUUUUACUGAUUUUCUACAAAGUGCAUGGGGACUCGUCAAACCUUCUGAACAGAAGUUCUAGCACACAAGAGUCAAGAAAGGAAAUGGGGGGGAUUAACCUAUUUGUGAGUUGAAGAGGGACGUUGCUGUGGGGGCAGGGGGAGCCUCCGACACCUUCGCACACCUUUCCUUCCCGCUAGGAACCAGGUCCUCGGUUUGAUUUUCUGUUGUUAAUUAGGAUGAGUGCUGUCAGUGAGGGGGUGGGGGGAAGCCAUUCUGUUUUCUUUUUUGUUUACUUUUUAAUUUGAUAAGACACUCUUUGCAUUUUGUCUAAGCGAAAUAAAAGAGAAAAGGUGGUCUGCCUUUAUUUGCAUGUCUACUGAUACCUCCUGUCCAUUGCUCGGGCCUCCUUCCUGCUCACAUUGGCGUUUGUGAACAAAAUGACUGGACCCAGUGCCCAACCUAGGAAAACAGAUGCUACGCUCUGAACAGAAGACACAGCGUCAACUCUGCGGCUGGAAAAACCAAACAAAAGGCAGCCUGGUCUCCAUCCAGUAUUCAAAGCCCCUCACAGGACUCAGGUCCUUGUCCACUGCAGGACCUGCUGUCAAACUCAUCAGGGUCAGUAGACCUUUUCCAAAUCCAGCGCACUGCUCUUUGUCAAUAAAGUUUUAUUGGAAGAAGUCCAAAGGCCCUACGCUCCAUUUGCAUUAUCUGUGGUUGCUUUCGCGCUGUGAUGUCAAGUUGAGUAACAGUGUGGCACACAAAGCCUGGAGUAUUCUCUGGCUCUUCACAAGAGAUGCUUGCUCACCCCUUAGUUCUUGUUUAGCCAUGACUUAUGUGAGAAAGGAAGUGAUGAUGUGCCCUACUUCCCUUUCCUGCCCUGUCUCCACUGUGACUGACAGAUUCGCAGCAGACCAUCUUCAGAAGUGUCAGCUCUAGUCCUCUCCCUGGUACCCAGAGGAAAACCAGUCCAUAUACAGUGUUCCUCCAAAUUCUCUUUUUCUUUUCCUUUCUCUCUGUCUAAAUGCCUUAUCAUAGGGCUUACCCAAACAGAGAGCCUACUCACAAAUGGGAGGGACCAUAUCCCACAUCCCUUGACUCUUACACAGUGUGCCUUAGAAAGAGCCUGCCAUCCUCUGAGGCAGCAAAACCCCAUUCCAGAUGCCUCUCCCCAAACAGGCAGGAGAACCAGGUCUUCACAUUAGAGUUUUGGCAUUGACUAGAAAAACUGACCCCAUGUCCACAGCUCCCUACUUCCCAGGAAUGCCAUACACAAGUACCUCUUUAGACCUCCUUUAUGCGCCCCCAUGGAAUCCAUCAGCAAAAACUGGUGUGGUAAUUACUAUCUGGAACUUGAUUACAACACUCCCUUUCCACCUUCCUCCCUUCUCUUUCAUCCUUCCCUCCUUCCAUCUAUCUUCUAGGCAGACUUUGUGCCUCCUGAGCUUCAGACACACAGAGCACAGUCAGAGAAGGUACAAGACUCCAUCACAGCCAUGCCACAGCUCUGACACGAGGGCUCUGUGAAUGUGAGGUAUAUGCUACUUGCCAUGGUUUCAGAGCACAAUUUAUUCCUGAUAUCCUCAUGGAUGCGGAAGGAUCAAGACGCUGCUUUCUAGAGAAAGAAAGACAAACCCUAGCAUCCAUAAGUCUAAAAGUUGUAGAGUUCCCACCCUUGGAAGUGUAUUAAGGUUUUUUUCUCCCAAGAUGUAAAAAAAUAAAAGAUUCGACAUGUCUGCCUCUGCAAUGGAUUGCUUGCAGGAUUCCUGCCUUGGAAACACUUGUUAAAAUGAAUUCCACAUGCAAGCACUGUAUCAAAAACCCCCUCUGCCUCAAAUAUGGGCCCAAUACUGUCUCCAAAGGGGUGUGGAGCUGUGAAUUAAAAGACCAUUAUGACAGCAAUAACAGUGAGUUUUCCUCUGUAUCCUCCUGUCUCUCUCUGGUUUGUUUGGGGGAGGUCACUGGAUUAUCCAUGUCCUCACAUGGGUCUAUGGGAACUUAACCGGAGUUCCAUACUAGAAAGUUUUAUUUUCAGUUGCUAAGGAAUAUGACCCAGGGAUUACUCCCAGCUCUCAGACCGACACAAUCCUUUCUUAGAAUGGUCAACUCAGAUCAAUUCUUUAGCCUCUGCCUGACAGCUCUUGGGUGAAUGGGCAAGAGCUAUUGUUCAAUGGACUGGGUUUCCUUUAAUCCAUCCAAAUGACAGAAAAAUAGCCCCUCCAUAAAGUAAGCAAGUGGAGGUAUUUGUGAGCCACACAGCAUUCUCCACUUCUACCAUCUCCUGGGACUCUGGUGCUUCUGUUUAGUUCACACAUCUAUGUUUUUUACACCCACAUCCACAAGGCUAAGAGGAUAGAAAAUCUGAACAGUGAGAUAGCAUGAAGCUGCUCAUGGGCUAGGCCAGUUAAGUCCUGAGCCCAUCCUCUUGGCACCCCUGUGCCAGGGACCCCUGUACUAUCCUAAGACAGAGGAAACAGAUCACUGCUUAGAUGGCUCUUAAAAUAAGCAAACAAUUUCUCUUUCUGACCUGGUGCCAUGAUAUAUGAAUGACCUGAUUCAUUUUUUAAAACAACCAGGACAUUCCAGAAAGAUGCUAUGAAUCCAUUUCCAGCAAUGAUGUAUAUCAUCUUGGGAUUAGGAAGCUAAGGACUAGUUUGUUAUAGUCCAGCUUUAGAUGUAGAAAAGUCUAAAGGAACUUAACAGUGUGUCCAUGUUGUAAAGUCUUAGUUUAACCUUCUAAAGAAUAUGACCCAGAGAUGACCUCAGCUCUUAGAUAAACACAUGAAUACUCAGGGCUCGGAAGACCCACAUAGCUUCUCUUUUCGAACAUUCGAUCCAAAAUGACCAUCAAAACAGGUGGGAUGAGACAAAAGGAGAGACUUUCCUUUUUUUUUUCUCAUGCAUCAAGUAAUUGCAACCUUCAACAAGGGCUUUAAACCAAGAAGGAAUACAAAAGACUACAUCUAAAUUCUGAAAGAGAAGCCAUGAGAUCACCAAGCCCUAGUAAGGCAGGACCACUUCAGGGUCAGAUAGUAGCUAUGGAGAGGAUCCCACUGACUGACGAUAGGCUGGGUCUCAGCUAAUGGGAUCAUCCCAGAGUCAUCAAGCAAUAUUGAGGGAAUAUGUGCUGGGAUGCAAUUCUCAGUGUCCCACCCGACAGGCACCCUACAGUCAGGAAUGUCUUCUCUGGUCGGGUGUUGAUGAAACUUUUUGUUCAAGGAAGUUGGCAUAGAAAAUGACAGAUUCAGUGUGUUCCUGAUGAAUGAAGGUAGGCUUUCUUAUAAAUAAUGAAAACAACUUCUCCUUCUGAGGCAAAGGCCUGGCAGGAUAGCCAGAUGCCCUGUUCAGACUUUGGAACUACCCAGACAAUAAACAGAGGAAGUCUGAAUUCACACCAUCACUGGUCCCCAAGAUCCAGGAGGUCAGGGAACAUGCCCUCCCUUCCAAAGUCAGUCCCAUCUUAUCUCCUCCAUGAAACCCAUAUGGGUCCCUGUAUCACACCACAGUCACCUGUCCCAGUACAUCUACAUUGGCUCUUUAUCCACAUGCUUAUUAUCUUCUGACUCACUAUGUAAUUUACUCCUUAAAUAAUAUUAUCAGUUCUCCUACCUAAGAAUGUCCACUCCAUUAGGAAAGAAAUCUGUCUUACUUGCAUGUGUCCUCAGUUCCCAGAAUAGAGCAUAGUAAGCACCCUACAUUCAGAGAGUCUCAGCUAUGGCAUGAGCACAUAAACCAUCCCGUGAACUGCUUGGCUUACUGGCAGUGAGCAGCCCCAGCUCCCUUCCUGCACCCUGUAGAGGCAAGAUGCAGCUUAGACCUGCGAGGGAUCUGUCCUUAGGUGUUUUGA